AUGCAUUCUCAAUCAGCUGUUAAAACUUUUCCUUCAUCUUAUCUUUACUUGGCCCUGACAUAUCCUAUAAAGCAGGCCUUUGGAAGCUUCCUUGAAAAAUUUAUAAGAUAUGUCAGGACCUUGAAGACUCUGGACAAAUCCUGCAAAUCUUCACCUGAUAAUUACGUGCCUAGUGCUUCACCUGAUCACCUGGCCAUCACCCUCUAUAUCUUCCCUAUUGCUACAGAAAUAUUCCAUGUCAAGGGUUCCGUUUAUUGUGAUACCUGCCGUGCUGGAUUCGAAACUAAUGCCACCUUUUACAUUCAAGGUGCAAAGGUUGGAAUUCAAAGGAAGACCAUGAAGGUGGUUUACUACACAGAGGGUGUGACAGACUCCACUGGAACAUACCACAUUGAGGUUGAGAAUGACCACCGCGACAAUAUUUGCGAAUGCGUGCUUGUUAAAAGCCCUAUCAAAUGGUGUAACACCCCAGACUCUGGGCGUGACAAAUCCAGCAUAGUACUAACCCACCACCAAAAUGGCGUAGUCAACCAUCUUCACUAUGCAAAUGCUAUGGGUUACUUGAGGGACUAG